AUGUCAUCGAAGAAAAAUCUUCUCACGAUUCGCAAUUUCCGCGGAUUUCCCCAAAUCCCGUCGGAGAACAACGAGCAGAAAUGGUUGAAACUAGAAUCAGAAAUUACUGCCAUCUUCAGUUCCACAGAUUACAACAAUUCGCUUGAGGAGUUAUACAGGAUAGCUGAAGACUUGUACACCCAGAGGUACUCUCCCCUACUCUACAAUCUUCAAACUCUGAUAGAAACGUAUCUCAACCAACAACUGGAAGUGAUAGCUUCCGAAGACGACAAUAUUCUAGAAAUCAUAGACGACUUCUGGAAAGAGUUCUGUCGCCAUAUUAAAACCGUCAAGAAUAUUUUUUUGUACUACGACCGCUCCCCCAAGUUCUUCAAAUACAACACCGUCCAGAGCAUCAGUCUCGGGUUGUUUACAAGCGUCAUCGUGCUCAGUUCUAUCGUCAAGAAGAAGAUAAUCAAAGAAAUGCUUGACGCUAUUGAAGCUGAAAGGUGCUUCCGAUCUUUCGAUCAACGAUUACUGUUGAAAUCAGUCACAGAGAUGUUCAACGCCCUCCAAAUCUACGACGAAAUCUUCGUCGGGGAUUUCUUAAAGUCAACAGAAGACUUCUAUGAAGACGAAGGUGCAAAAAUCAUUCAAAUCAUGGACGUUCCACAGUACCUAUCGCACGUGAAUCAAAGAAUAGCGCAAGAACAAGAACGAGUUAGAAAUUGUUUGAACAAAUCGUCAGAAAUUCCACUUCUAGACAUAGUUUACAAACAACUAAUCGAAAACCACAUUUCUGAAAUCCUAAACAAAGGCUUCGACGAAUUGAUUGACAAAAACAUGUAUCAAGAGUUAGUCUUGGUGUAUAAACUCUUCCAGAAAAUCUCCAACGGUACGAAACACCUAAUCACCUACUUCAAAGAGUACAUCAUCAAAAAAGGCACCACAAUCACCGACGUCAAAAACGAGAAAAACAUGAUUCAAGAUCUACUCAACUUUAAGGACGAUCUUGAUAAGAUUAUCGUGUUGUCGUUCGACAACAAGAAAGAGUUUCAUGAAUGCGUUCGAGUGGCUUUUAAGAACUUUAUCAACGGUUGUCAUGCCAAAAGUGCGCAGCUACUGGCUAAGUACCUCGACGUCAAGCUACGUGGAAAAGACAUCAGCGACGACGAUCUAGAAGUCAUUUUGACGAAAGUCAUCAAGUUGUUCAAGCACGUGCAAGGCAAGGAUAUUUUCGAAGCGUUUUACAAGAAGUUGCUAGCGAAACGACUGCUUCUUGGAAAAUCGGCCAACCAAGAUGCUGAAAAUAGCAUGAUUUCGAAGCUGAAAGACGAGUGCGGGAGUGCUUUCACUUCGAACAUUGAGGGGAUGUUUCAGGAUAUCAAUCUAAGUAAGAGUAUUAACACUUCGUUUAAACAGAAGUUGAAGAAUCAGGAGAGUGGAUUUGGGUCGGAUUUUUCCGUUAACGUGUUGACUAGUAGUUACUGGCCGAACUACCCCAACUACAACGUGAAUUUACCAUGUGAACUGGUUACGUAUCAGCAGAAUUUUCAAAAAUUCUACUUGAGUAACCACAGUGGAAGGAAGCUUCUAUGGCAACCCAGUUUGGGUCACUGUUUGAUUAAAGCGUUCUUCGAGUGCGGGUGCAAGGAACUCCAAGUGUCACUCUUCCAGACGAUAGUACUUUUACUAUUCAACGCAGCGACAGAAAUGGGUUUUAAAGAAAUCCAAGAAUCUACUAACUUGGAGGAAUUCGAGCUUAAACGCACUUUGUUGUCACUGGUCUACGGAAAAGCAAAAAUUCUCCUAAAAAGUCCAAAAAGUCGCGACAUUGAAGACGAAGAUGUCUUUAGUUUCAACAACAAGUUCACAGAUAAGUUGUUCCGAGUCAAGAUUAAUCAAAUUCAGUUGCAGGACUCACCCGAAGAGGAAAAGGAAACUGAGAAGAACGUUCUAGUCGAUAGGCAAUUUCAGAUCGAUGCUGCUAUAGUGCGGAUAAUGAAAAAUAAAAAAAGUAUUAAACACUAUAUGCUGGUGCGGGAGUUGUACAAGGUUUUGGAUAUCCCGGUCAACCAGACUGACUUAAAGAAAAGAAUUGAGUUGUUGAUAGAGCGGGAAUACAUGGAACGGGAUAAAGAAAAUAAAUCAAAUUAUAUUUACAUUGCUUAG